GUUUUUUUUUUUUUUUUUUUUCCUUUUCGUUUUGCUCUUUCUCUCUCUGUCUCCAUUGCUAUGGAAAAGAGCAAGGGAUCGGCCACAACGGCGGUGGUGGUGGUGCUGGUGCUGGGUCUCGUGCGGGCGUCCGCAGGAGCGGUUUAUACGGUCGGGGACUCUGCAGGGUGGACGAUCGUCGGCAACAUUAAUUACACCGCCUGGGCUACUACGAAAGAAUUCCGUGUGGGAGACGUCAUACUGUUUGUCUACAACAACAACUUCCACAAUGUGAUGGAGGUGAGCAAGGCUGAUUACAAGGCCUGCAACGCGGCGUCGCCCCACAAGUCGGGCAACGACUCCUUCGUCAUCAAGCGUGCCGGCCACCACUUCUUCAUCUGCGGCGUCCCGGGUCACUGCGCCAUCGGCCAGAAGGUCGACAUCCGCGUCCCCAAGGUCGCCUCCUCCGCUGCUCCUUCCGCGACCCCCACCACCUCCCCUUCUGCUGGUGGCGGCGCCAUCGGUGCGGGCGGCGGCGCAUCCACCGGUACCACUCCUGUGUCCUCCCCCCGUCCCAACAGCGCUGCCGCGGUUGCGCCUCCUGCCCUUCUGGGUCUUGCCCUGCUGGCUGUGUUCGCCUCCGCCGCCGCCGUAUCUGCUGCUGUUUUGUAAUUGUUGUGUCGAUGCUUUGCUCUGCGAACAGCAUUUUUGUUUCUCCACUGAGAUUUCUCGGGUUGUACGGGGUUUCUGUACAAGUUCUUUUUUUGCGCUCUGAUUGAAAUAUUAAAUACGCGUGUGAUGUGGUCGUUUGUAUUCUAUUUCUACGUACGUACGUUGGUGCAUAAAUUUGAAUUUGUUAUCUAUGUCA